AUGCCAAAUCUGCCGGAUUAUGAGUACCAUUCUGGAACUACUCCACUUCUUAUCGAUGCUCAUUGUUCAACCGUGCAACAUAAAGGCGUCCAUAUUGACUCGCAUGAACUGUCAUCUAUACUAGAUGAUUUCGUUCGUGAGUUAAACGCAACCGCGUUCCAUUCAGCAGUCUAUUUUAGUUCGAUAAAUGAAAUCGUUCUUGCAUUGAACGCAGCCUCACCACCUGCAUUACUCUCCCUCACAUCACACUACUUUUUCGUUCUCGUCCGUAAUACCAUUCAAGUUACGUUACAAGGUCUACAUGUAAAUUAUCAAUUGAGUCAACUGGCGACCUAUGUUUUACGUAAUUGUAUUCUUUUGUUGGAGUAUAUGGUCGAAGAAGUUAACGAUGUCUCUAAACUGUUGCAUUGGAUAACUGAUCUAACGUUGCUCGAUGCACUCGGCAAUUGUUUACAUACGAUCGAAAGAAUCGCAGAGUCUAAUGAGAGUCGUCUCUAUAUCAAACAAAUUACACGUUUAUUGGAUAUUUUUAUUUACAUUCAAGAGCAUUUGCCCGAAGACGAGCACAAUAGUUUAUUCUCUCGAUUGCUUAAUCCCGUUAUAAAAUGUUUAACAUCAGCGAAUUAUGUUCACGCAUUCAAAGACUUAAAACCAAAUACAUCAACAUUGAAUCCAUACCAGAAACUACUGCUAGUCGGAUGUCCUCAUUUUCUUGCUUCUUACCAUGGUCCACGUAUAGAACAGAAAAUAGAACAAGUUCUCGAAGUCAUGCUGCCACGUUAUGUCUCAAUAAUCGAUACACACAUCAAAACCAUCAAGAAAUGGCGUCGACCAAUAAAACUUGCCGUGUAUCAUCUUUUGACCAUACUCGUCUUUGCUGAAGGUUAUUUCAUAACAUUUUUAAGUAAUCACUUACUUCAAACACUGAUCAAUCAUCUUUUACGAUUGGUCAACGAAUCGACAUUGAUCGAGGAGAUACACGAAAUACCUGAUAAUUCGGAGUCUUUAUUAAUUGAUGCCGCGUUGCAAGUUAUUAAUGUUCUAGUACGAGAACCCGAUGCACUCGAUUACCUCAAACAAUGUCAACCGACAAUGACGUUUCGGCGAUUAUUAUCGACACCUUGUGAAGCAAUUAUUACAAAUACAUAUGCAAUACUUGCUUAUUCAAUCAAUGAAAACGAUAUUCAAUACUUAGAUAGUUAUCUUACACGACUACUCUACGCUAUUCUUUCUGCGCUGCAAAAAGCGGUUGAUUAUAAUGAUGAAACGAAUGAUGAUUCAGGCUAUAAUCCAGAAUAUAUAAAAAAGAAUAGUAUGCAACUCGCAGAAACAUUGACAGGUCUCGUUCGACACGAAGAAAUUAAACGUGAAAUAGUCAAACAAAAUGCACUACCUUUACUGGUCAAGUUCUCACAUAAUCUCACUGGACUCGCAAAACAAUUCAUUUUAGAAACACUUUGGACAUUAUCGUUUGAUAAACAAGUAGCUCAACAGCUUCGAGAUGACUUACAAUUCAUGCAUUUGAUACAGAACGUCAGAAAACCUAUUAGUAACAAAAACACAAGCAGUAAUAACAAUAAUAAUAACAAUCACCAAUCAUACCAAUCCAGCAAUUUGUCAAAAGAUGAUCUCAUCUCGUGGAAUGAAGCAGCCGAAGGUGCAAUCUACAAAAUCGCUACUGGCCUUCUUUGGACACUCCACAAAGAAUCUCAAAUUAGACAAAAAACUUCCAAGACAGCAUCUCAAUCGAACAAAUUUGAUGUCGCUAUCUCCUAUUCUAUCAAAGAUAAAGAUGUAGUUACCAGAUUGGAAGAGACUUUGAUCAACGAAGGCUAUGCAGUGUGGAUCGAUCGGGAUAUUCUGCACAGACAAAGUAUGGAAAGCGUGAGUGAAGCGAUGAACAAGUCAACGGUGGUAAUUGUUUGUCUAUCGGAAUGGUAUGUGCGUGAUAAUCAAUGUGUAUGUGAAAGUGUUUAUGCCAUGAAUUCGAAGCGUGUUGUUGUGCCACUGAUUGUGGAGAAGGGGUAUGUGGUGAAUAGUUGGCUGUUGUCGAUGUUGAAUAAAAGCGGCAUAAUUGAAUACGAUGUUAAUGAUUCGAACCAAAGUAAUGAAUUAGUCAAGAAGGAAAUUAGUCAGUAUUGUAGAAAGAAGGUGGUAAGCAAGAAAGUGACGUUGGCGAAACCAAAAAUUUACGAAUCAAAUAGUGUUCGUUUCGCCGCUAACAGUAUUGAUAAACCAAAACAACAAAAAGUAGAUCGUCCUCGUUCUCGAACAGUAGCACCGACUCGCGCAACAGCUCCUGUGGACCAAGAACAGCAAUCUUUACACCGUUCGAAUUCACGAAAUACUCCUUCCAGCAUCACACCUAUACCUCAAACACCAAUGCUUAUCAAUACAAAUUAUCACAAAUACCUUCCUCAAGACUAUACCAAACGUGAUACGAGCACUGCAACUUACCGCACAACACUGAUCAAUGCCUGGAAGAAGAAAGAUAUUCUCGAUUUUUUGUACGAUUUCAAUUUACAUCUGAUGAUGCCACUGUGCGAUUCAAUGUCUGGUCGAGGCCUCUUGAAGUUCUAUCGCAUGUGCCAACGAAAACCUAGUCGUGUCCAUGCACAGCUCAAUAGCGAACUACGCAACCGUUUUCGAGGCUUAACUCUGCCGAUGGGCAUGUACACUCAGUUUUUAAUCGAACUUGACAAUAUUCUCGAAGGUACAACCGACCCAGUGCAAAUUGUAACGCCUACACCAGCGAAGAACAUCCCUCAAGUUAUAUUCAUGCCUAUAGCAGCUCCGAUUUCCACAGGAGCAAAGCGGUCUAGCAGAGCAACAGAAGCAAAUAUUACUUCUUCGAAGUCAUUAAAUGAUCAGUUGAUAGAAGUAAAAUCCGACGGAAACACGAUUCGAAAUACUCGAAUUAUUGAGCGAACCAUUUUUCGACCUGCGUCGACUGCCGAUCGUCCAUAUGAUUUCAUUGUUGAAACUGGUGAAGAAUCGCGUAUUCUAUUAGAACAAGUCGGCCGUUACGCUCCGCAAUUAUAUUUCUUGCAACAGAAAGCGCAAGAACAGUACAGCAAACAAAGUUCUCGCUCGGAAUAA